AACCAACAUCGUCCUCGUUGUGUACGUCCACUCAGCUGCGUCUUCAAGCCUGAUGUCGCGUCUAUCAUAUGCCGUCGUGGCCACUUUGGCUUUCGGUGUUGGACUGACCACUGCUGUCUCUACUGCAAGAGCAACUGGGCCAACAGUGCAGCUCGACAAUGCGACCUUCGUGGGCGCCACAGUCGGCUCGGUGUCCAGAUUCCUUGGCAUACCAUUCGCACAACCACCAACUGGGGACUUGCGAUUUCGCUUACCGGAGCCAACGGAGCCAUAUACGGGAACUCAGAACGUGACGGCAUUUGGUCCUGCAUGCCCACAACAGAAAAUUACUCUUCCUGUCACCAACGUUUUGGCUCAAACUUCCAUCGACUUCAUCGUGAACGAAGUUUGGAGUGCCAUCACACCCUCGAGUGAGGACUGUCUCACACUCAAUGUCGUCAAGCCAGCAUCUGCGACGUCAAACUCGAAGCUCCCUGUAGUGGUGUCACGCUCAAAUUCCUUGUUUGCAGGCGGAUUUGAAAUAGGAGGGACAUCAACUUACGAUGGAGGUGUCAUUGUUCAGAAGUCGAUCACCCUUGGAGAACCUGUCAUUUAUGUUAGCAUGAAUUAUCGGGUCUCCGGUUUCGGCUUUCUUUCCAGUCAAGAAGUAAAGGACGCUGGGAUUGGGAAUCUUGGUCUUCAAGAUCAACGCGAAGCUUUACGAUGGGUACAGAAAUAUAUAGGAGCAUUUGGCGGUGAUCCCAGCAAAGUCACCAUCUGGGGAGAAAGUGCCGGCGCAAUCUCUGUCGCACUUCACAUGGUGACAAACGGCGGAAAUACUGAAGGGUUGUUCCGCGCUGCCUUCAUGCAAUCUGGCUCACCCAUUCCUGUUGGCGACAUCUCGCACGGCCAGAAGUAUUACGAUGCUAUCGUGAAUGAAACGGGAUGUUCAGGAGCAGCUGACACUCUUCAAUGCUUGCGCGAUCUACCAUACGCCACUCUCAAGGAUGCCGUGGACAACUCGCCGAUGAUCUUUACCUACCAAUCUCUGAACCUCGCCUGGCUUCCACGGGUAGAUGGAGUUUUCCUUCAGGACAGGCCUUUCAAUCUGGUCCAACAAGGAAGCGUCGCAAAUAUCCCCUUCAUCACUGGCGAUUGUGAUGACGAAGCAACGCUAUUCUCGUUGUCAAACACCAACGUGACUACAGACCAAGAUACGAAGGACUAUAUGUCGCAGGUAUAUCUGGCGGGCGCUCCUAGCGAUGAAAUCGAUCAGCUGCUGGAUUUCUACCCCGAUAAUGUCACCCAAGGCUCACCCUUUGACACCGGCAACUUGAACGCUUUGACGCCUCAGUUCAAACGGCUAGCUGCCUUGCAGGGAGACAUGGUGUUCCAAGCUCCACGCCGCUACUUUUUGCAAAAUCGCUAUGAUAAACAGAAUACGUGGGCAUUUUUGAGCAAACGCCUCAAGAGUCUCCCCUACCUCGGAUCACUUCAUGGUUCGGACCUGUUGAACGUCUACACAGGCGGGGACAUGGUAGACUACCUGGUUCGUUUCGCCGCCAAUCUCGAUCCGAACGGAGCCACAGGGAUCGGUUGGCCCAAGUACACCAACAGUUCCCCGCAGCUCAUGACUUUCCAAGAUGGCGCUGUUCCUUUGGCGAUUACGCAGGAUACCUUUCGUCAGCAAGGAAUAGCGUACUUGAUCCAACUAUCACUGGAGUUUCCUCUUUGAGAUCGUAGGUCGAGCACUCGCGUCGGUGAAAGAGUUUACCUGCGUUAUAUGUCUGUCAAUGUAGUAUAAUUGUAGAGUUGACCCUAGAGACGACUCUUGAACAAGACCAAUGUGGUUAGGUGGU